AUGUUCUGGGACCUGCAGACAGAGCAGAACUCUUUGGUGAAACUGCUAAACACCAAAAAUUUCACUUUUGAACAAGUCAUCGAAGAUCCUUUUCUUUUACAAGAAGUGAGAUAUGGGAACGAAGCUUUGAAAGAAUUGUAAGUUUUUUUGUUGUUUCUUUAUUUUCGUUGUUUAUUUCAGUUUCACUAAGGAAGAGAAUCUCGUGAAACUGGUAAAUACUGCUUUAAGACCGAAAAUUGACGCGUCUCUUCCGUUGAAGUUGCAAUAUAGGUUUGUUUCAGAUGAUUGAAAAAAAAGCUUGGGUAAAAUUCUAGUUUUAAUCACUAUGCAUGUAAUUUUCCUAAUUCUCUGAAGUGAGUCGAGUUUUAAGGAAAGCCCAUAUUUGCUCGGAAGUUUUGACAGUUCGCAGUGUGGAAAGUAUCUACGAAGCUCUCGUGACGGUUGGCUCCAUUUUAAUUUUUUAUUGAUGAAAAAGUAAUGAUGUCAGAACGAAAAAGUGAAAACCGUCAUGCGGGAUUUUUUAAAUGACGACAGCCCAGUCGAUCAUUUGAUAGCCGGAUUCUACCAACGUAUAAUUGAACAUCUUUUAAUGAGAAAUUUUAACGCGGUAUAAAUUGGAAAAGUUCUAUUAAUGAUCGUGUUUUUUCAGACUUUUGAGUUGUUGAAAUCGUCGUCUUUUUUCGAGAAAAGUCUGAAGAACCUGCACCUUGGGUCCAUCGAAGAACUGCUAGAGAAUUUGAUCAAAAUACCUAUUAUUGCUAACGACGGAAAUCUGAUGAGACAGGUUUGUUUCCUUUUCUUGCUCACUAUCUGAAUCAUCAUUUCAAGUGGUUUGUUGAUGAAUCCUUCAUGUCGCGGUUGAUAAACUGCAUCGAUUAUUCAUCGCCAGAUGCGGUUAAUGAAAAUGCCGCGGACACUUAUAUCGAGAUCAUGAAGUGCGUUGUUUUAGUAGAGAGGAGAGACCGAGUGACUGUUUGCAUUUACAGGGAACUUCGGGAUAAGUUGUAUUCGUAUUUGAAAGUUGGCGACGCUCUCCACAACGCUGGUAAGAACGCCGAUUUGAUAAUCUCCGUCACAGAAAAGCUGAUGGUAGCCAUUCCGAAACAAUGAAGGCUGUUAUUCUCAUUUUCAGGCUGCGGUGGAGAAUAAGAGUUCUCCGUCAAGGAACUCCGUAGUGAAGGCUUGCGCAAAGGUUUGACGAGUUGCGGUUUUUGAGUUAAAGUUGUUCUUUUUGCAGAUUUUGGAGGAGUUAAUCCAAACGAACUUCGUUAUGAACGCUCCAUCUCAACAGUUGGAGGCUGAACACCUGCAGGAACUGGAGGACCGAGAUCGGCAGCGCGGCCAACACGGGAGAGAGGAAGGCUUCGAACGGAGCGAGUUUGAAGAAGACGUAAGACUUCGUUUUGUUUCUUUUUAGACUCAUCGAGCUGUUAUCUGAAAAAAAAAAUUAACUUUCAUUAAAAAAAGAUUUUCACAAAUUGAUUUUCUUUAAGUUUUAUUUGAAGUUUCAUAUUUAUCACACGCUGAGUCUCAGUAUUUUCUUAACGGCGGAAAAACUCAGAAAAGCAUGUAAACACUUUCCUCCUUUAGUGAAGUUUCAGAACCAGUGUUUUUUUCCUAAUUUGUACGGCGAAUAAUUUUCGAAUAUGAGUGAAUUUUCCAAAUGUAUGUAUUCUUGAGCUCCUGUGAAUUGUAGCGGAAAAUAUGCAUCCAAAAAUGGCUGAAAAAUAAAUUUAUAAUCUGUUCAUAUUUUUUUAAUGUCAAGUGCAAUAACGUUAUUCAAAAACACUCUGUGGAUGGGUCGCUCUCUGAUUCGUUUAUCGCACCAUUAUGGGCGGAGCUUGACAUUCAAAAUCUGAACAGACUAUAGUUCUGCAUUUUCCAUACUUUUCUUGAUGGAAACUUCACAUGGUGAAUUAUAGAGUAGUUAAAGGAAAGUAUGAGGAGAGCAUAUUUUCCUUUAAUUAUAAAUUUUUUUAAAUGUAUACCUUGGGAAAAAGAAAUAUGAAUGUUUUCCUCUGAGAAAGGAAAAUUUAAAAUAAAAGUAUACUGAAAAGUUAAAUUGUAGAAACCUUGAAACCUUGCACAUGGGGAGGAAAAAUGCGGAAUAAUUUUUUUUCGAAAAUUAUUUUCUGCGAUUUUUUACGUCCCAUUUUCUAUUUUUACGAGGUUUUUGAAGCGUUUUCGAGUUUUUUUCCUGAGCUUCCUUUGAUUCCUUUGACCUGAGCUAUUUCAUAAUUCAUUUCAUAGGCGAUGAAUUUUUCAGCUAUUUCUGGUUUUAAUUGCGUUAACUUUCUCUUUGAAAAUAAGCAUUCCAGGCAUUCUGCCCCUGAUCCGCUGAAAGAAGCUGAAACUAUCGCGUCGCAAGCUCUUCCUGCUGUUCUACAGCUCCUUCUAGAAGAUUUGCAGGUAUAAAUUGAUAUUUCAUUCUCAAUGAUAAUGUUUUUAUUUCUUUCACGUUUUCAUUAUUUUCAAAAUUAAAUUUCAACUGUUUCUUUUGAGGGCGAAAAAGUUCUGUGGAGGCCGUUGUUGAAUCUCAUCUUGGCGAUCAGCAACACCAACUUCACCCACACACAGUUCGCCAUUUACAAAGCUUUCCAAGAAACUUCUUUUCUCAAGGUAUGUUUCCUGUUCAGACAAUGAGACCUUUCUCUGCAGAUUGUCGAAGCAGCCGAAAAGUUGCCCUUGUCGUCCAUGCUCCAUACAUUAGUGCAGAGAGUUGUCAUUUUUGGCUUAUAUACCAAAUGCGAAGAUCGCAGAACAUCGCCACUUGUCGAGUACUACUUGAAGGUUCCUAGGGAAUUUUUUUUUUCCUUAAAAAUCUUUUCUUUGGAGACGUGUGGUUUGUUGGAGCACAUUAAGAAGUCUUUGGACCAAUUGGAAAGCAGAAAUCGAGUUGAAAAGGCGGCAUUGAGAACCUUUUACACAAAUAUCCUUGUUGGAAUCUAUAAAGCACGAAAAAGCGCUGCUGCCACGAGCCUGGUUCCCAAGAUUUUGGAGGUACAGCAGCACAACUAUUUGGAGAAUUAUUUUUUGAUCAAGUCGAGCACCAUUUGGUCGGAAUUGCUACCUUUUGUCGAUGAGUACUUGGCGAAAAAUAAGGUACGACCUUCUAAAAAGAAGCAGGAAAUCGACUAUUCCGGUAUCUUGUUAUUUUAUGAAUCAACAUGACUUUGAUUUUCAGCCUUUGAUAUCACUGACAAGGACUUUUUGAAUGACAGCUUUACUGAGGACUUGGAUGAAUCGGGCGAAAACAGGUUCGUUUCAAUUUUCAUUUUAAAUUUAUGUUUAUCAAAAAGUUUUUCGUUCGAAAAGAUGUUUAUAACUAGUGUCGCGAAACAAAAACGCAUCUCGAAUGUUUUAAAAGCGGAUUUCAAAAAAAUUUUUUCGAAAAUAAUUUUGACAAGCCAUCUGUUAAGGAGAAUAAAAUAAAGGAGUCUUUGAAAAAAAUCAAUUUUUUUCAGCAAUGUUAUUCCACUUUAAAAUCAUAAGCGUAAAAUUGAAUUGAAAAUAAAGGAAAUCACAUAAUUUUUUAAAAUUCAUUUUACAUAUUUUCAGUUUUGAUUUCGGUCAAAGCCCAACGGAAGGCAACAAAAAAGACGACGCCGAUAAUGAAUUCGAGAAGAUUUGCUCAGAGAGAAAAAAGCUUCCGAGUUUCGACAAUUUCUUCGGGCCUUCCGAAACCUCCAUGGGCACCAAAAACGACGACUGGCCUGGUGCCCAGUCGGAAGGCGUCAAGAGUGAUUUCCCCGUUUCAAGGCGUUUCUGGAAUAUUGUCUUCCUGCAGAAUUAUCUGAAGAGUGGCCGUGGCCUGGCGUCUCCCCUACGCGACCUCCUGAAACUUUUAAAACGGGCAAUCAUGCCUCCAUUUUUGUGCCGGAUAACGACAGUUCCGACGAAGAGACAGUCCGUUUCGAAGGAUUUUCUGACUGUUAGUUCCCAAACUCUCCAAUCUUCCAAUCUGUCUUGUUUCCAGCAGCGAAGGCUAUGGAAAUGUUCGACAAAAUGAUGCAAGACGUUACUAUAAGUACCGAUUUGCAACGCGAACUGAAGGAAAACUCUCAGCCGACGGCAAAAAUUGGCGAUGACGAGGAUUUCUUUCGCUUUCGAUCCUCGCGCGACGCCCAAAAAAGCCGAAGACUCGUCGCAAGUGUCGGAAGAAACUUGGCCGGGGGUGAAAAACCUCGAAGAAGGGGUCAGUUUUUUUUUUCAACGCUUCGAAUAAACUUUGCGCAUACAGCAGCUGGGAAACAGUUCAUAAAAAUCUUGAAAGUAAAUAAAUCCAUCACAGGUACGCUUUUAAAUAUUAUUAAAAAAAUUUCUUAAAACGCAUCAGAUUCUUUAAAACGGAACAUUUUUUUAGUUGUGUCACAACGGUAUGAUAAAAAAAUAUAUGAUUUCAUUGCCCGUUGUUUUUUUAUACUGCAUGCGUCUGAAGUUUUUUGUUAUAUAAAAAUUAUUUUUUACGACCUAGUUCUAGGAAAGAAUGAAAACCGACGUUGGAAAUAUUCCGUUCAGCAUUAUUAUCAUGCCUAAAGUUCAUCUGAAAAGCAGGAAUCGGAAGAUUGGCCUCUGAACGACGCUCAUUCUGCCGAUCCCAACGACGCGGUCACACGCGGCCUCGCCAACGGCAUCGCCUUGCCAAAUCUCAACGAAAGCCAUGCCUGA